UCCCGUCCCCGCACCAAAUUUCAAAAGGAAAGCGUUCGACCCCAGCCACACGCGCGCAGAUUCCCCUCUCCUCUCCGCCCCUCCCCCGCGCACGCGCCUUCAAACCCUAGCUGUCAAGCUCCGUCCCUCCUCCUCUCAUGGCGUCCCCGCGUACGCCCGACUCGCCCCGUGGCCUCAUCUUCGCGCCCGGCGACGCCGACCUCAUCACGAUCUACCUCCAGCGCAAGAUCUCCGGGCUCCCGCUCCCCGUCGCCGCCGCCCCGUACAUCCACAACGCGGACGUGUACGCGGCCGAGCCCGCGGCGGUCGUCACCGGCCUCCUCCCCGCCUCGGCGAGCAACGACGGGGAGGGCAGGGAGUGGUACUUCUUCACCUCCGUGCGGGCCCAGAGCAGCCGGGACACCCGCAGGUGCCGCGCCGUCGCGGGUGGGGUCGGCACCUGGCAUUCGGAGAAGGCGCGGUGCGACGUGCUCGACGCGGGCGGCGCCGUCGUCGGGUACCGCCAACCCUUCACCUACGAGCCCAAGAACGGCUGGCUGAUGCUCGAGUUCAGCCAAGAAGACCCUCGCCCCGGUGAGGCCAUGCCCGCACUCUGCAAAAUCUACAAGAAGCGUCGUGCUGGCCGGUCCGCCUCGAAACCCAUUUCGUCUGGGUCGUCGUCGAUGUCCGGAUCCAAGAGGAAGGCGGCGGCCGCGGGCGAGCGCUCCGGCGAGGGCUCCUCGGCCCGCGUGAGGCGAUGCCUGCAGUUCCGUCCGUCUCCUGCCGCACCAAAUCCGCCCACCCUGGUUGCUACAUCGGGGAUUCAAGAAGCGUUCUUGCUUCCAGUCGAGCGGCCGCAGGCAGAGCAAGAACCGCAAGAACCGCCGGUACGCAGAGCACCCACAGCCACACCGCUGAUUCCCAGCUUCUCCAUGGGCGCCAACCCUUCCCUGACCUUCGACGGCACCGCCUUCCUCCGCCGCGCCCAAGAUUCGCCCACGCCAGCGAAUUCGGACCUGAGCGGCACGUCGACGGCACUGCUGGGCAAUUACGAGCUCGUCUCACCAGCCAGCUCCGAGCUGACCUGCUACAAUGCCAUGACUCCCCCGAGCGAUAACACCGGCGCUUGGGCCUUCCAGCCGUCCGCCCUGACCUCCUCCAAUGGCACCACCUCCCUCCUCCCUGGCCAAGAUUGGGCCACGCCAGAGUCGUCACAAGUCAGUGAGGCAUCGACGGUGGAGAGCUACAGCUGCUUCUCGCCCGACCACGCCACAUCCAGGCCCACCACACUGCCGAUCAGCAGCGGCACCGGCUAUUGUUGGUCUUUGCCGCAGUACAGCGAGCUAUCGGCAAUUUUUGGCGCCUGAUCGAAUGCUUUGAUACGCUUCCAUGCUAGGCUGAGAGGAGUAUGGGUCUGCCUCCUUUAGUUUGUAGGGAUUUUUGGCCAUACUUGAUUGUUCUUGCUAGACUUGUUCAGCAGCAACUCUGCUUUCUGUUGGAACCGACAUUUUAGCGGUCCUCCGGCGAUGUAACUGGGAUGCACACAGCAAACGUAGCUGUGGAUCCUUCAUUGUGCACUCUUCCUAUAGCCUUUUCCAUAUGAUUUUGUGUCUCCUGUGCCUAAUUUUUCUGAUUGCUGUGAUCGAAUUCAGUGAGCAUUUCUUUUUUUGGCUUUUGGCCUAGUGAAGAGUAAAUUAGGCUUGGUUUCCUUGUAGGAUUUUUCAAAUGAAGAGUGAGUGAUUAUCCUGACGUGUUAGUUUCUGUGCCUCAUUAUUGCAGGAUUAAUCCCUUUAUCUGAAGCUGAUGGCCUUUUUUCGUCCAUUUUGUCAUAUUUGUAUAGUUUACAAUUCUCGCAGCUGAAUGUUGUUUGUUUUGCUUAUAUAUCCAAGAAUAAUUUAUGGUAUCCACAUGAUAGGUGUUGAUAUGCUAUUACUGUUAUUGACACAACAAAGUCUUGCCAUCAAUAGUCACUUUUUUUUCAGUUCAGACAUAAUGUAGAGCUUACUGAAGUAAAACAAUGUAUAUGUUAUUAGCUGUCAUGAUGUUCAAGUCAAAGUUGUCUUGUUUCAUAUCACUGACUGCACCUUUGGUCGUGACACGUCAAGAUAAGUGUUCUAUGUUCGCAUCAGUUCUCUGAAUUUCAAGUAGUACCUAAACCAAUUGAUCUCAUAUCUUAUUAAUGUAGCUUCUUAAUAAAGAGCCGUUCUUGUUUGUUUGCUGUUGUUGCUUACCUUUUCUUACCGCACCCCUUUAAAACUUAUCUGAAUCUUAAAGCAAUUUUUGAAGGGUAUUUACGUACUUGCAUUGCGAUGGAUAUGUUACAAGAACUCAAAAUUUUCUCUGAUUUUGUGCAAAAUAAAAUCUGCAUGUGUUCAAAACAUGUAAAUUAGAGUGUGUGAUUUGGUCUAGAAAUUAUUUGAUUUGCUAUAGAAAGAAGAAUCAAUGUUUGGAGUCUGAAUCUGAAAUCAUCCGAUAGCCUUUUCCAUAUGAUUUUGUGUCUCCUGUGCCUAAUUUUUCUGAUUGUUGUGAUCGAAUUCAGUGAGCAUGCUAGGUGUUGCAUGAUUUCACCCAGUUGGUUAAUCUGGGUAGAACAAUGGUUUUCCUUCUGUGUAUCUGAAAAUGAAAAAGUUAAGUGCUCUAAUCAAUACUUACAUAUAUAAUUAGUAGAGCCUCAAUAUAAUUAGGUCUACUUCGAGGUAUAUAAUGUGAGUAGAGCCUGAAUAUAUAACUAGUAGAAACUGGAUUUUUUUUUUGUCUAUCAAUGGUAGUUCAGUCUGUUCUGGUUUGAAUUAGCAAUGUACCUUUACCUUCAAUGGUGUUUUUUCAGAUUCAGAAAGAAUGUAGAACUUACUGAAGUAAAACAAAGUAUAUGUUAUUAGCUGUCAUAAUGUUCAAGUCAAAAUUUGUCUUGCUUCAUGUCAUUGACUGCACCUUUGGUCGUGACAUGUCAAGAGGAGUGUUCUAUAUUGUACUCCCUCCGUCCGGAAAUAGUUGUCGGAGAAAUAUAUACAAAUGGAUGUACCUAGAACUAAAAUAUGUCGAGAUACAUUCAUUUUUUUGGACAAGUAUUCCCGGACGGAGGGAGUAUAUCCCAUUAGUUCUCUGAAUUUUCAAUUAGUACAUAAACCAAUUGAUCUUAUAUCUUGUUAAUGUAGCUUCUUUUUUGGUCUACCGGUGUCGGUUCAUUCUCUUCUAGUUUUCAUUUGUGCAGGCAUUGAGCUUUCCAAGGAGGAACAAGGCCUUAGAUGAUGCACUAUUUGAUUUUUUCCAGCAGACAGUUCUCCCCCUCCAUUAUUACUACUCCUUCCGUUCCCUAAUAUAAGACCUUUUAGCUAUUUCAGAAUAUUGACUACAUGUGUAUUAAAAUGAGUGAAUACACACACUAAAAUGUGUCUAGAUACAUAUGAAUCAAGAAAAAGUAAAAGGUAUUAUAUUAGAGAACGGAGGGAGUACAUCAUAAUGAACUUUUUUGUUUUACUUUUGCGAUUCAUGCGCCCCACAUGUAGGAAUGCAGUCCGUGAAAUAUCUGAAAAGAAAUUUCAGCCACUUCUGAGGACUCCUCACUAGUGAGCAAAGUUUUUGUUCUAUAUAUUCUCUGCACCUGCCCCACCCUCUACAUUUCAUACUAGCUAGAUGCAAAAAUGCAUUACAUUUUAUCCUGAUGGGGCAUGUUAUCUUUCUCUGCAAUGUUUUCUUCUUAAAGUGUCUAUUUAUUUUGUAGGCUAAAAAAAGCAAAGUAGAUGGUGUGGGCAGGGAUGCUUUUAGCAGAUUUUCAGAUUAGUACUUCUCGCAAGUGCUGAAAAACCCGACUCCAUACCAGAGCGCUGUUAUUGGUUCAGGUUUGGAUGGCUCCUUGCGUAUGGGAAGCGCGAAAUUCCGUCAGAGUUUGCCAGAUGGAUGGCUGAUCAGAAGAUGCAGGGGCCGCAGGCACCCAAACAGGGUUGUUCCUACAUUAGUCCGCAGUCACGAAGAUGCUGAAUUCCGUGAUGUCUUGAUCAACUUAUCCCCCUUUGGGCACAUAAAUCUGUCUUGGUCACUACACGGGUCUUGUCAUUCACUUUGUUUUCUGACCUUUUGUUGCUAAUAAUAAAGAGCCGUUCUUGUUGUUUGCUGUUGUUGCUUAUCUUUUCUUACUACACCCCCUUAUAAAAUAUCUGGAUCUCAAAGUAAUUUUUGAAGGGUAUUUUUGUACUUGCAUUGUGAUG